GCAAUCCACACUCCCACCCUAUCCAUUUCCUCACGAAAACCGUUGGGCGUCUUUACUUCCCGCGCUCUUCACAGCCCUUUCCAAAAUGCCUGCCCUAGCCCUCCAGCCGUUUAUCUCCGUCAUCUCCACCUCCUCCCCCAUUCGCUCCAUACGAUUCAAAACCCUAGCAUACCUCAAACCCCUCCAUUCCCCUCCCCAGAAAUCUUCCUCCCUUCUCUCCGACACCCUCAGAUUACUAGAAUGGGACAAGGUCUGCGAUUCUGUCGCCUCAUUCGCUGGCACGUCACUGGGUCGAGAAGCAACCAAGGUGCAGCUUUGGUCGAUGAAUGUGAGCUAUGACGAGAGCAUGAGUCUUUUAGCGGAAACCAAUGCUGCUGUUGAAAUGAUGAAAUAUGGCAUCAGUGGCACGGAUUUCAGUGGCCUUGAUGUCUUUCAAGUAAAGUCUGCUACGGAACGUGCCUCAAGAGGCCUUCCAGUGGACGGAGUUGAAGCAAUGGCUGUUGCAGGCCUUCUACAGUUUGCUGAUAUCUUGCAAUCUAGCAUGAAAGCAGCACUCAAGGAAGACACAGAUUGGUAUAACCGAUUCAUGCCUCUCUCAGAAAUGGUAAUGCAACUGGUCAUAAAUCGACCUUUGGUUAAGUCUGUACAGCAAGUGAUAGAUGAAGAUGGCUCUGUCAAAGACUCUGCGAGUUCAGAUCUGAAGCGGGCUCGUGAUCAAGUGCGCAUGCUUGAAAGGAAGUUAUAUCAGCUGAUGGACAACUUAAUUAGGAGUGAAUUGAAUGAAACAUCUUCUCUGGAAGUGAGUAAUAUUGAUGGAAGAUUGUGUAUAAAAUCGGGGUCCAAUCAGUUUACGCCUUUUAAGGGAUUAUUGUUGUCCAGUGGUUCAGGUGUUGAGAGCUUGGUAGAGCCAAUCUCUGCUGUUCCAUUAAAUGAUGAGUUGCAACGAGCAAGGGCAUUAGUAGGAAAGGCUGAAGUGGAUGUUCUUUCAAAGUUAACAGAUAAGAUGCAAGCACACCUGGAUGACAUCCGGAAUUUGUUGAAUAGUGUAAUUCACCUGGAUGUGGUCACUGCUCGAGCAAAAUAUAGUCUUGCUUUUGGAGGCACAUAUCCUGAAUUAUCUGUCACAAGAGAUGAAGGUAGAACUUCCAUCCGUAAAGGUGAUACCUCGAGGAGCACAACCUUUAACAUGCCAUCUUUACCUUACCCUAAUCAGAAGGAAUGGACAUUGUAUUUGCGGAACGCUUACCAUCCUCUGCUGCUGCAGCAGCAUCGAGAAAACUUGCAGAAGGCCAAAAAGGAUGUCAGUAGUGCUACUGCUGAAAUCAGAAGGAGAAAGUUGCAGGGGGAGAGUAUGACAUCUAAAGUAAAUCUAGAUGCACAUCUUGCAUCCUUAGAAAUUCGGGUAACUCAACUGCAAGAUGCAUGUCCUGUCCCAGUUGAUUUCCUCAUUUCUACGAAAACUAGGGUUCUGGUUAUAACUGGGCCUAAUACAGGAGGCAAAACGAUUAGUUUGAAGACAGUUGGCCUAGCUGCAUUGAUGGCAAAAUCAGGCAUUUAUGUUCUGGCUUCUGAACCUGUUAAAAUCCCUUGGUUCGAUUCUAUUUUUGCUGAUAUAGGCGAUGAGCAGUCCUUGGCCCAAUCUUUGUCUACCUUUUCUGGCCACUUGAAACAGAUUAUCGCCAUAAAAGCACAAUCAACUAGUAAGUCACUGGUGCUUUUAGAUGAGGUUGGGGCGGGGACAAAUCCGUUGGAAGGUGCAGCUUUAGGGAUGUCAAUUCUAGAAGGUUUUGCUGAAACUGGUGCUUUGUUGACAAUAGCUACAACUCAUCACGGUGAACUCAAAACUCUCAAGUACAGUAAUGACACCUUUGAGAAUGCAUGUGUUGAGUUCGAUGAAGUGAAUUUAAAGCCAACUUAUAAGAUACUCUGGGGAGUGCCAGGCCGCUCAAAUGCCAUAAAUAUUGCUGAAAGGUUAGGAUUACCACAAAUUGUACUAGAUAAAGCACGGGAACUAUAUGGAACUGCCAGUGCAGAAAUUAAUGAGGUGAUCGUCGACAUGGAAAGAUUCAAGCAAGAAUUCCUGCAGCAAACCCAUGAAGCACAAGAUUAUCUGACGCGCUCAAGAGAGCUUCAUGAGAAGCUUUUGGCAGCAAACCAGAGAAUCACAGAACACAUUGUUACUCAAAGAUACAGGAAAAAUCAAGAAAUCUCUCAGGCUGCAGCAGUGGCACGUUCUAAUCUUCAUCACAAACUCCGACAGUUUCGUGCAUCUGAAACUCAGCCGUCCCAGAAUAAGAAGGGAGAUAACACCACAGAUAAUGGUGUAUACUCUGUACAGUACACCCAACAGUCACCACAAGAGAAGCAGAUCAAAAUUCCACAGGUCGGUGAUAGGGUGCAUGUUUCUUCCCUUCGUAAGAAAGCAACGGUAUUAAAAGUGGAGGCAUCAAAGGGGGAGAUUGUGGUUCAAGCCGGUAACAUGCAGUUGAGGUUGAAAUUAAGUGACAUUGAAGCCCAAUAGAAUAGUGAUAUGCUAUUCUUCGCAUUGCAGAAAUAUCUUAUUCUUUCUGAAAGGGGGUGGUGAUAGCAUUAGAAGUCAUCCUCAGACCAAAAAAAAUAAAUCUCAGUCAUCAUCCGGGGAAAUAAUGGAAGGAGCCAAAUAGCGGUAAGGCCAUCCACCUCAUCCUCUUCAAAUGUGGAACUCAAGACUGGGAAUUUUGGAAAUUGACAACUUGGUGUUCUGGCCAUCCCUCAGAUUGUAUAUGUUGUAGAGUUUGGAGCCUGUAGCAAGCGGGAACUGAUAAAAAAUUGAUAAGGAUAAGCAGCCCCUCUGGAGUGCUUUGGUCUUGGCUUCAAUAUGAUCAGUAGAACAUCUCUAUUUCAUAUUGUUUCAGCUAGGAUGGUCUGAUUGUUAUGAUUUUUGUCUGAUUGCCCAUUUAUGGAGCCUUAUAAGGAAUGGAUGGUUUGGAUCUUCAUCAGCAUGUCAAAGGUACAGUAAAAACUUGAGAAGACAGAAAUGGGCUCCAUCUAUAUUCUGUGAAUCUUCCGUUGAACUUCAUGACACUGAAUAUUUGUCAAACAGCACCAUAGUGUAUACAUCCCCAGCACACCUUGGUGAACUAUUCAGAUUGUGGGACCCAAAAGGAAAAAAAGACAGAAAUGCCAAUUGACUUUCAUCUCA